AUGGAUUCAGGCUCCCAGAUUCCCCGAAAAUCGAAGGUAACCUUCACUGAUUCCAUCUCAGAUCUCAUACAAAUUCUGCCGCGAAAUUGCGUUUCACUGACCUUCUCUCCACCAUUUUUUUCUCCGCAGCGGAGGUUCCAACCAAGACCUCCGACUCCGACGACUUCUCUCCGGCCGAUCGCCUCGACUUCCAACACCGAAGCUGAGGAAGAGAAUAGAAAAGCAGCAAAGCAGCUAGCCAAACGUAUCAUUGGCCAAGGGAAACAGAAAACCGUAAAGAAAGCUUCCGCUGAAGUUGCAUUCCAACCAUACGCAUCGUCAGUUGGAAUAAAGUCGUUUGGGGUUCCUAAAGAAGAUGACAAACGCGAUUCGCAUGUAAAACCCUCUUCGUCUGCUGAUAUUCUUCCUACUGUUUCUUCUGCUACUCCCCAAAAAGAUGAAGAAGAGGUUCAUACUUUGGUUACAAGAACCAAGGAAGACUACAUUGAACCUUGGGAUUAUGUAAACUCCUACUAUCCUACUGUUCUUCCUUUGAGAAAGCCGAACUCGGGUGAUCCAGAACUCUGUGAUCAGGAGGAAUUUGGAGAGUUGGCUAAACAUCCUGAGUAUGAUGAGAGCACUAUCAACUCAGCAAAAGAACUCGGUCUAACCUCGCAGCAACACUGCAAAAAACAGAUGUUUUUGUUCAAGAUUCCGGACAGUCUCCCUGUAAUGAAGCAAUUGACAGCACCAAACACCAAGAGGUCGAUAUCGGAUCAUAUCUCAAAGAGAAACAGCCCUUUCGAAGGCUUAUCAGAGAGUUUCAUGGGGAAAAUGCAAGUUUACAAGAGCGGAGCUGUCAAGUUGAAACUUGGAGAUGUCCUCUUCGAUGUCUCGCCAGGUCCAAAAACGAAAUUUCAUUCUGAUGUGGCAGUGAUCGACGACACCAAAGGGAGAAACUGCUGUCGCAUCGGUUCUUCGGCCAAAUUUGCGACUGUUACUCCCGAUGUGGAGUCUCUUUUGAACUCUCCUUCAGACAUGAAAACACACAGGUGA